AUGCUAUCAGUAGGCUUUCGACACUUUCCCAGUCUUAACGACGUGGUUAAUGGGAAGGAACAGUCUUCCAACAGCGUCUUCAAAGAGGAGGUACUGUAUCUUGGAGAAGAGACAGUGAAACGAGACAGAGACAGUGGCCGAGGAAGAGACAGUGACCGAGAAAGAGACAGUGACCGAGAAAGAGACAGUGACCGAGAAAGAGACAGUGACCGAGAAAGAGACAGUGGCCGAGGAAGAGACAGUGACCGAGAAAGAGACAGUGACCGAGAAAGAGACAGUGACCGAGAAAGAGACAGUGGCCGAGGAAGAGACAGUGACCGAGGAAGAGACAGUGACCGAGGAAGAGACAGUGACCGAGGAAGAGACAGUGACCGAGAAAGAGACAGUGACCGAGGAAGAGACAGUGACCGAGGAAGAGACAGUGACCGAGGAAGAGACAGUGACCGAGACAGAGUAUAG